UCAAGUGUGGGAGUGUGUGUUUGUUUGUGUGUCUGAGAGAAACAGAGAGGGAGGGACUCAUUUGAUAACCACUGUAUUGUGAAGCCAACAGAGUAGUCUGUAGUAAGACAGAGGAAGAAUAGGAGAGUGUUUGCUCAGAGGAGUUGCAAGAAAAGUCAUAAGGGAAGGAGUGAGUGUUGGAGGAAGGAAAAGAGGGACUGAGAAAAGCCCCCCACCUUCCCCAGAGAGAAGGAGGUAAAGCGCUGGUAAGCAAAUAUUAAUGACCUGACAAGACAGCACACAACAUCCCCGUGUUGAUCAGACAGCCUUACCCUGGAGCCACGCAACAGAGGAGCACGGAUACAUAUACACGCUCAGCCACACACACACACAGGACGAGCCCCUUUCGCUGCUUUCCACUCACUCAUGAUCAUCACUCCCACCACACGCAGGCACAAGGGCCACGCUGACACAGCCAGAGGAGUGGAGGAGAGGAGAAGAGGACACUUGCCCUGUUGUGGGACUUUGUCAAAGUCAAAGGCUUCGCUGGAUUCUUAAUUUUUUAUCAUUUUUUUAACCCUGAAAUCGGACUCCUCCUUUUCUGCUGACCUUUUCAAGUGCCCCUCCCCCAAGGAGUAAAGAUGAGCUGCAGGAAAAGGUGCAAGCGGGAGAUCUUCAAGUUCGCACAAUACCUGUUCAGACUCAUCACGGGCACGCUCAACAACGACAGCGUUGAAGAUGAGCUCGAGCUAUCUGCAGUCCGCCAUCGCCCCGAGGGCCUGGAACAGCUUGAAGCCCAGACACGUUUCUCCCGCAAGGAGCUACAGAUUCUUUACCGCGGCUUCAAGAAUGAAUGCCCCAGUGGAGUCGUCAACGAAGAAACCUUUAAAGACAUCUACUCACAGUUCUUCCCACAAGGAGAUGCUUCAACAUAUGCCCAUUUCCUGUUCAAUGCAUUUGACACAGAUCACAAUGGCUCUGUGAGUUUUGAGGACUUUGUUAUGGGCCUUUCUAUCCUUUUGCGAGGCACAGUCCAGGAAAAACUCAACUGGGCUUUCAACCUUUAUGAUAUCAAUAAAGACGGAUAUAUCACUAAAGAGGAAAUGCUGGACAUCAUGAAGGCCAUCUACGACAUGAUGGGAAAAUGCACAUACCCUGUCCUCAAAGAGGAGACGCCUCGCCAGCACGUGGAAGUAUUCUUCCAGAAGAUGGAUAAGAAUAAAGACGGAGUGGUAACCAUAGAAGAGUUCAUCGACUGCUGCCAAAAUGAUGAAAACAUCAUGCGAUCAAUGCACCUCUUUGAAAAUGUUCUUUAACUUUGGGCUGAGUGUGGAGGCUUUGGAAAAGAACAUCAUCUUUAGCUCUGUCCAAUAACUGACUUGGGCUCAUACUGUGUACGGUGUGCUAUGCAGACUUUUAACCAUAGAUAAAAUAUUGUUCAUUACUGCGGGCCACAAGUAGGAGUAGGUAAUAUGGUGGGAACACUCUGGAAUUGCCUUUUGAACAUCUUAUUUGAUAAGCUGGAGAAAUUCAUGACACAAAAAUGAAGAGAAAGGAGAGAGAAAUCUUUUUAUUUUGCAGCUAUGGUACUAUAACUUCAAGGUUUCUGUCCACCGGAUGUCUCUGGAGUGUCUUUCUGUUUGCUGAACACCGAGUUCCGCAAACUGUGUUGGCCUCCAACAUUAUAAACACACUGGGAACAGGAGAUUUCUGAUGAAAGGUUUCAGACAGGUUCCUCUGUCUCCGUUGCAGCCUUGGCUUGUUUUAUUUACCGCCAAGUGAAAUCACUGUGACUUUUUAAAGCAUCAAAAAAAAAAACC